UUAAUCUGAGAUACAAAUGUACAGGUUGGCUAACUUUCUACAAUGGGCCUACAAGAACAUGCAGUCUGAGCAGUAAAUAUGAUCCAAGUAGGCAUGCAUUUACGCCUCUUUGAACUUUCCUGAAUUUUUCUAUUGCUAAGCUUAUCAAAUUUACACAUAAAAAAAAUGUAUCUGAUGGGUAAUCUUUUGAGCAUUGCAUCUGUAGGUUCUUGUUCAUAUGCCGUCAGCGAAUUCUUCUGUGUAAUGGCGUGUCAUGUGACUUGAUCCGGUACCCCAUGACUUAGUUGUGGACACCCCCAGUUCGAUAACCCUAUAAAAGGCCGCGCACAUCGCAAGAGAGCCAAGAGCUCCCCUACGCUAGGGGAGGUGGAUAGACCUGAGGAAGAGUAAAGGUCUUUCACCCAGUGAAACGGUGUUAUCCUGUGGAUAUACCUGUUUUGGUUUGUGUAUUUGUGUGGAGAAGUAUUUCCGCUCGUAUUAAAUUCCAGAAAUUUAGUAAUUUGUAGGGAAGAGACCGCCAGGUCUCCACUUUCUGUUCAUUGAACGGAGACAGUGAAGAAGCCAGCAAGAUGGCGUACACGGGGGAUUCAAGUGCACCGUUGAUGACCGUAAAACGGGUCCAGUUUGGUAUCCUGAGUCCAGAUGAAAUACGUCGUAUGUCUGUUACGGAUGGCGGAAUUAAAUAUUCUGAGACGACAGAAGGGGGCCGCCCCAAAUUGGGAGGUCUUAUGGAUCCACGGCAGGGUGUUGUUGACAGACUGUCUCGGUGUCAGACAUGUGCAGGGAACAUGUCAGAAUGCCCUGGUCACUUCGGUCACAUUGAGGUGGCCAAGCCUGUUUUCCAUGUUGGAUUUCUUACAAAGACAGUGAAAGUACUUCGAUGUGUGUGUUUCUUUUGCUCCAAGCUCCUGGUUGAUCCAAGCAGUCCAAAAAUCAAAGACAUUGUGUCGAAAUCAAAGGGUCAUCCCCGAAAACGUCUUGCCCAUGUGUAUGACUUGUGUAAGAGUAAGCGCAUGUGUGAAGGGGGUGACGAAAUGGACACAAAGCUAGGCGAGUCCACUGAGGAAAAUGCAGAGGCGAAAAAGGGACAUGGCGGCUGUGGUAGAUUCCAACCACAGAUCCGUAAAGUGGGUUUAGAUUUAACAGCUGAGUGGAAACAUGUCAACGAAGACUCACAGGAGAGGAAAAUAUCACUGACGGCUGACCGUGUGCUGGAAAUUUUUAAGAGAAUCUCUGAUGAGGACUGCAUUAUCAUUGGAAUGGACCCACGUUUCUCGCGACCUGAUUGGAUGAUUGUUACUGUGUUCCCCGUUCCACCACUGGCAGUCCGACCAGCUGUAGUCAUGCAUGGCUCUGCACGGAAUCAGGAUGAUUUAACUCACAAACUGGCAGACAUUGUGAAAGCCAACAAUCAGUUGAGACGAAAUGAACAGAACGGAGCUGCAGCACACAUUAUAUCUGAAGACACAAAGAUGCUUCAGUACCAUGUGGCCACCUUGGUGGACAACGAGUUACCAGGACUACCAAAGGCUGUUCAAAAGUCAGGGAGACCGCUCAAGUCUGUGAAGCAGAGGUUGAAAGGUAAAGAGGGCCGUGUGCGAGGCAAUUUGAUGGGUAAACGUGUGGAUUUUUCUGCACGCACAGUCAUCACACCCGACCCUAAUUUGAGGAUUGACCAAGUGGGCGUACCAAGGUCCAUUGCACAGAACAUGACCUUUCCAGAGAUCGUCACACCCUUCAACAUUGACAGAUUGCAUGAUUUGGUCAGAAGGGGAGCUAAUCAGUACCCAGGUGCAAAGUACAUCAUCCGUGACAAUGGAGAGAGAGUAGACUUGAGAUUUCACCCCAAAGCCAGUGAUCUCCAUCUUCAGAUCGGCUAUAAGGUUGAACGGCACAUGCAGAACGGAGACAACAUCAUCUUCAACCGUCAGCCAACUCUCCACAAAAUGAGUAUGAUGUGUCACAGAGUGAAGGUGCUACCCUGGUCUACAUUCCGUCUGAACCUCAGUGUCACCACCCCAUACAAUGCUGAUUUUGACGGCGAUGAGAUGAACCUGCAUCUGCCCCAGUCCCUGGAGACAAAGGCAGAGAUCUGGGAGCUGGCUGCUGUCCCCAGGAUGAUUAUCACCCCUCAAGCCAACAGACCUGUCAUGGGUAUCGUGCAGGACACGCUCUGUGCUGUGCGCAAAAUGACCAAGAGGGAUGUCUUCCUUACAAGGGCUGAAAUGAUGAACCUGUUGAUGUUUCUGCCGAUCUGGGAUGGCCGCAUGCCCAAACCUGCCAUCUUAAAACCUCGGCCGCUGUGGACAGGUAAACAACUGUUCUCACUCAUCAUACCUGGUCGCGUAAACCUGAUCCGCACCCACAGUACCCACCCUGAUGAGGAGGAUCGCGGGCCGUACAAGUGGAUCUCUCCAGGAGACACAAAGGUGUUAAUAGAGGACGGCACCCUCAUCAGUGGUAUCCUGUGUAAGAAGACUCUGGGAGCCUCUACAGGAGGUCUCGUCCAUAUCACAUUUCUGGAGCUGGGGUUUGAACAGGCUGGAGAACUCUACGGUAACAUUCAGACUGUCGUUAACAACUGGCUUCUCCUAGAGGGUCACAGCAUUGGGAUUGGAGACACCAUCGCUGAUCCUCAGACCUACGUUGAUAUACAGGACACAAUCAAGAAGGCUAAGGUGGACGUGAUAGAGGUGAUUGAAAAGGCCCAUAAUGAUGAGCUGGAGCCGACACCUGGUAACACACUCAGACAGACCUUUGAGAACCAGGUCAAUCGUAUUCUCAAUGAUGCUCGUGACAAGACUGGGAGUAAAGCUCAGAAGUCCUUGUCAGAGUUCAACAACUUCAAAUCUAUGGUAGUGGCAGGUUCUAAGGGGUCAAAAAUUAACAUCUCACAGGUCAUUGCCUGUGUAGGCCAGCAGAACGUGGAGGGUAAGAGAAUCCCCUUUGGCUUCCGGCAUCGAACUCUGCCACAUUUCAUCAAGGAUGAUUAUGGUCCUGAGUCCAGGGGCUUUGUGGAGAACUCGUACCUCGCUGGUUUGACACCGUCCGAGUUUUACUUCCACGCUAUGGGAGGCAGAGAGGGUCUGAUUGAUACAGCCGUCAAAACUGCUGAGACAGGUUACAUCCAGCGUCGUUUGAUCAAGGCUAUGGAGAGUGUGAUGGUGAAAUAUGACGGAACAGUGAGGAACCAAAUUGAACAACUGAUUCAGCUACGAUAUGGGGAGGACGGACUGGAUGGAACAGCCGUGGAGUUUCAGGAAAUGCCCAGUCUGAAGCCGUCAGAUAACGCCUUUGAAAGGAGGUUCAAAUUUGACACCACAAAUGAAAGAGAGCUGAAGCGUUGGUUGGCAGAGGAUGUGAUCAAGGACCUGGCUGGUGAUGCGACGGUGUUAGCUGAGGUGGAGAGGGAGUGGGAGCAGCUGAAGGAAGAUCGUGAGAUCCUCAGACAGGUGUUCCCUCGGGGUGACAGUAAGGUUGUCUUGCCCUGUAACUUAAAGAGGUUGAUCUGGAAUGCACAGAAAAUUUUCAGAUUGGAUUCUAGGAAACCAACAGACCUUCAUCCGUUAAAGGUCAUCGAAGGUGUGCGAGACCUGUGCCGACGUCUCAUCAUUGUGGCUGGCGAGGACAGACUAAGUAAACAGGCCAAUGAAAAUGCCACCCUGCUCAUGAAGUGCCUGGUUCGCUCCACCCUCUGUGCUAAACGGGUGGCUGAGGAACACAGGCUGUCUCACGAGGCAUUUGAAUGGCUGCUGGGGGAAGUGGAGAGUAGAUUUCAUCAGUCACAGGUACAUCCAGGUGAGAUGGUGGGUGCAUUGGGUGCUCAGUCGCUUGGAGAGCCCGCCACACAGAUGACACUGAACACUUUCCACUAUGCUGGUGUGUCUGCUAAAAAUGUCACUCUGGGUGUUCCACGUCUGAAGGAGAUCAUCAAUAUCUCCAAGAAGCCAAAGACCCCAUCCCUAACUGUAUUUUUGACUGGAGCUUCUGCCAGGGAUGCCGAGAAAGCUAAGGAUGUAUUGUGCCGCCUGGAGCACACGACAUUGAGAAAGGUAACAGCCAACACCGCUAUCUACUACGACCCUGACCCUCAGAAUACAGUGAUCGCUGAAGACCAAGAAUGGGUGAAUGUCUACUAUGAGAUGCCUGACUUUGAUGUCUCCAGGAUUUCGUCUUGGUUACUAAGAAUAGAACUGGAUCGCAAGCGUAUGACAGACAAGAAGCUCACCAUGGAACAGAUCUCUGAGAAAAUCACAGCAGGUUUUGGCGAUGACCUAAACUGCAUUUUCAAUGAUGACAAUGCUGAAAAACUGGUGCUAAGAAUCCGAAUUAUGAAUUCUGAUGAGGGCAAGUUUCAAGAUACUGAAGAAGAAAUGGCAGAUAAGAUGGAAGAUGAUGUAUUCUUGAGAUGUAUCGAGGCCAACAUCCUAACAGACAUGACACUACAGGGGAUUGAACAGAUUGCCAAGGUGUACAUGCAUUUGCCAACCACAGACGACAAAAAGCGUAUUGUGAUCACAGACGAUGGUCAGUUUAAGGCCAUCGCAGAAUGGAUUCUGGAAACGGAUGGAACCAGCCUGAUGAAAGUUAUCAGUGAGAAGGAUGUGGACCCUGUCAGAUCAACCUCCAAUGAUAUCGUGGAAAUCUUCUCCGCACUGGGAAUUGAAGCCGUCCGCAAGUCCAUAGAGAAAGAGAUGAAUCACGUCAUCUCUUUUGAUGGCUCCUAUGUCAACUACCGUCACUUAGCCUUGCUUUGCGACGCCAUGACAGCCAAGGGUCAUUUGAUGGCCAUCACACGUCACGGUAUCAAUAGACAGGAAACAGGAGCUCUGGCCAGGUGUUCCUUUGAGGAAACGGUGGACAUUUUGAUGGAGGCAGCAUCCCAUGCAGAAUCUGAUCCAAUGAAGGGUGUAUCAGAAAACAUCAUGUUAGGCCAGCUGGCCCGAAUCGGGACUGGGUCAUUUGACCUGAUGCUGGAUGCAGAGAAGUGCAAAUACGGCAUGGAGAUUCCCACAAAUGUGGGCGGCAUGAUGGGACCAGGAACUGGCAUGUUCUUCGCCUCUGGGGCCAGCCCAACCAGUGGGAUGUCGCCACAGAUGACGCCGUGGUCCACAGGCGCCACACCAGGCUAUGGGGCAUGGUCACCAGGUGUGGGCAGUGGAAUGACCCCAGGGGCAGCUGGGUUCUCCCCUGCCCCCAGCGAGAGUGGGUACAGCCCUGGUUACUCACCGGCAUGGUCACCUCAGCCUGGCUCUCCUGGCUCACCAUCAAGUCCAUAUAUUCCAAGCCCCAUUGCCGGCGCAAUGAGUCCAAGCUAUUCACCAGCAUCACCUUCAUAUGUUCCAAGUUCACCAGCGAUGACGCCACAGAGUCCAAGUUACUCUCCUACCAGCCCAUCAUACUCCCCUACAAGCCCUGGGUACUCACCGACUUCCCCCAACUAUAGUCCGACGUCUCCAUCUUACUCUCCUACCAGCCCCUCCUACAGCCCUACAUCACCUUCAUACAGCCCAACCAGCCCCUCUUACUCUCCUACCAGCCCGUCUUACUCCCCAACAAGCCCAAGCUACUCCCCUACAUCUCCAUCCUAUUCUCCAACAAGCCCCUCUUACAGCCCCACAUCUCCAUCAUACAGCCCUACAAGUCCAUCUUACUCUCCAACUAGUCCUUCUUACUCUCCAACCAGCCCCUCCUACUCCCCAACAAGUCCGUCAUACUCCCCUACCAGCCCAAGCUACAGCCCAACCAGUCCUAGCUACUCUCCAAGCUCCCCUAACUACACUCCAUCAUCCCCAUCGUAUUCUCCAACCAGCCCAUCCUACAGCCCUACAAGUCCAUCUUACAGUCCAACUAGUCCGAGCUACAGCCCCACAUCCCCUAGCUACUCCCCAACCAGCCCUAGCUACAGUCCUAGUAGCCCCAGCUACUCACCAAGUAGCCCCAAGUACAGCCCUACGAGCCCAAACUACUCUCCAACCAGUCCUUCUUACUCUCCAAGCUCACCACAGUACUCGCCCAGUUCACCGAAGUACAGUCCUACCAGCCCCAACUACUCUCCAACCAGCCCAUCCUACUCACCCAGUAGUCCUAAGUACUCCCCAACUUCUCCCACGUACACGCCUACAUCACCCAAGUACAGCCCUAGCUCCCCUGAGUAUUCCCCAUCUUCCCCUCAGUACUCUCCCAGCUCUCCCCAGUACUCACCAGCAUCUCCCACAUACUCUCCGUCUAGUCCAAAGUACUCUCCCACAAGCCCAACAUACUCCCCAUCCAGCCCAAAAUACUCCCCCACAAGCCCUACAUACAGUCCCACCAGCCCCAAGUAUUCUCCUACCAGCCCAACAUACACGCCUACAACACCAAAGUACUCCCCUACUAGCCCAGCUUACUCUGGAGGCGAUGAUGACAGUGAUAAAGAAUAAUUUGAUCUCAGUAUCCACAAAGUACAGACCCAAAGGAGGAGGAUUCACAAUUGUGACCAGCAAGAUUGAGAAAACUUUGACAUUAGUGAACUUUCAAGUAAUGUAAUUUGUAGGCGGGUGAAUAUCUGGUACAAGCCUACAUGUGCUUGUACGUAUGUUGUACUUAUUUUGCGCAAGAAGAGUCAGCAUGAUCAUUGAAGAUGGCCAUAAGUGAUACAAAAUGGCCUGAUUGAGAGAAGUACUACAGACUGUAGUAUAAGUGAAUUAUCUUGUAUAUAUGAACUGUAAAUAUGUAAAAAUUUCAAAGCCAGUCAGAUGGCUAACUUCGUGGUAUCAUCGGUAUGGUAUUCCAAUUACCUUAAAACGAGCACUUUUUAUAAGUCACUGCAUAGCGGUGUACUGACACAAUAGGUCAUCUUUCCAAACUGCCUGGGAGGCUAAGUCAUUUUGGCCCAGUCACGACCUGAUUUGAUGAGGAUUUCUCAAAGGUUUCAAGUACUAGUAUUUUAAAUACCUAAUAUUUGCUUAAUAGCACUUAGAUAACUAUAUGUUCUGACUGUUUUAUAGUCUUGGCCAUACAAGGCUAUGCAGUUUUUACUUCUCGAUGUAAUUUGUGUUAUGUCCGUUUUAAGAUUAACCGAGGUUGCUGCGCAUUCUUGUGGUCACACUAUUUUUAAUGUACAUAGUAAAAUAGUUUUGUACAUAGACAUUGAUGACUUCUCUAUUUAUUGUUAAUAAAUGUUAACAUUACCAUAUGGCUCUGAAAUUUUCCUGAGUUUGCCGUAAAAAAAAAAAUUGUUGUUGGAAGGAAACUACACAGUUUAUUUUGAAACUUGUGAAUGACCAAUUCAAUUUCCACAGUCCAGUAUGGACAUGCAUGUAAGGAAGAAUGAAGUGAUGUAUUAUGUGUCACCCGAACAAUUACAAUUUCUUUGAUGCGCAUUUGUUGCGUAUUUGUAUUCGUAAUGCUGCCAUUCCAUCCCAUGUUCACAUCCCCUUAAUAUUUUGAGAAACUGUUCUAGGUAGUACAAACCAUGAAUCAGUGUGGUAGAAACUAAAUCUUAUAUGUUAACAGCUAUAAAGCUGUGCGGAUUCUGUUGGCGUUCAGUGUAGGUGUCCCGGAAAGAGUACGCCGCUUGUACGGACUGUCUGACUACUAUUGCUGAAGGAUUACAGCCUUCAAUGUUGCUCUACUUGCACGGUUGUAUUUUAUUUUCCGGUUGAAUUCAAUUAUUGUUAUACUAUAGGUGCACAGAAUUUUUGGUGUAUGAAGAGCGCUCUGAAGUUUGCGAUUGAUGCGAAAGUAUAUAUGCAGGAUUGUUCUUACGAGUCCGUUUGAAAUAAAGAUCUUGUCAGAAA